CUGAGGGGAGGAUGAUGCCGGCGUGAGUCAGGGAGGGGCUGCCGAGUGACAGAGCAGAAGGCAGGAAGCUGCUCCAUCGACGCGCCGGAGACCGAGGCUGGAGGCAGAGGAGAGGGAAGCUGGCGUGUCCACUGGAGGAGGAGGGAGGGCUCGUCCAGACAGGAUAGGCCCAGCGAUGUCUUGAUGGAGCAUGGGCCAGGUUCUAGGAUUCUCCCACUGCCAGGAAUAUGGCUCGGUGGCGUCCACUCCUGACUCCACGCCUCCGUGCACAGACGGUGGAAAUGAGGAGUCAGAGAUGUACGAGCUGCAAACAGCUCGCGAGUGGUCCGACGAAGAGGAGGGGGAUGAAGGUGGCGCCGAAGAGGACGGACUGGCGUCUUCACCCUCCAUCUGGGGAACGCCGCGCCAGAACUCCUUUGAGUUGACCUUCUCUUACAUCGCCAUCGCAGAGCCGGAGGCUGUCGGCGCGUCUCGGACCCUGCGCGAGCGAAGAAGGACCGGCUCUCUUCGGAGUCGCUCUCCUCUCGUACAUGCAGAUACACUUGAAACGCUGCUGGACUCCCCAGACGUGGACUGGGACCCCCAGGGCUUCUUAUUGCGAGAGGAAGAGGAGGAGGUGUCCAACAGGAGGGAGGAGGAGAGGCAGCAGGAGGACACCAGUGACAGGACAGAACUCUGCGGGCAUCAUGACCCUCAAACAGUCCAGUCCACCCCUCAGAACUGGCAGACUCCUGAGGAAGAAAUCAGUUUGACACACACUCCACCGCCAUCUCCAUCCCCCCAUCAACAGGUCCCCAUCCUGGGGUCCACGGCCUCAGAACCAGAACCAAGCGUUACUGUCAAGCUCCUUGCAUCAUCAUCAUCAGCAGCCCACAUUGACCUCAACUCUCAGGAACAGCUGGUCAGUGAACACUGGUUUUCUGCCCUCAACCUCUCAGAAGACCCUGCAGGAGGUCCCCACAUCGCAGUGAUGGACCUGAUCUACUGGAAGGACAUGGAGCGCACCGGCAUGGUGCUGACCGGCCUGGUGGUGGGCAUGCUCUCCCUCUUCCAGCUCAGCAUCAUCACCGUGCUCUCCAACAUCUCCCUGGCCGUCAUGUGCUUCACCAUAUCCGUGCGCAUCUACUACCAGUUCCUCUACAUCCUCAACUGGGGCGAUGGAGAGCACCCCUUUAAGUCUUACAUGGACAUGGACAUCAGUCUGAGCGGCGAACAGGCCCAGAACCACAUGAGGAACAUCAUCGUCAUGACUCUGUCUGCCGUGGAGACGCUGAGGAAGCUCUUCCUGGUGGCGAACCUCUUCGACUCCCUCAAGUUCCUGUUUCUGAUGUACCUGAUGACGUACCUGGGAGCGCUGUGUAAUGGCCUUACUCUCGUCAUCGUUGCUGUGAUUGCCGUCUUUUCAUUGCCACUUUUCUACAGUCGACGCCAGGAGCAGAUCGAUGGUCUCAUUGCGAAGAUCCAGGACAAGAUCGACAGUGUCAGAGAUACCCUACGACGACUGGCCCACGGAGGCGGCCCCCCUCCAGACACCACCCCCGGCGGCGCCAAGCCCAAGACCCAGUAAGCAGUGGCGGAACGAGAAGUUUGAGCGCCGCCGCCAGAGUUUGGGACGGUCACUCAGAUGUCUUACCCAGCAGUCUGUGCCCAAGGCUCCACAGACGGCAGCACCAGAGACAACACGGGGGAGGAUGUUUAGAACUUCAUGUAUUGGGUCGAAGGUUCGGGGGUGAACCACUGGACAGCAGAGUGAGACCCGCGCAGCUCAUGCUAGACAUGAGAGGACAACUGUGUUUGGAAUCUUAAAAGCUAAAGUCAUACUCUACAUGGCAGCAUAUAACACAUGGGAUGCAUGAGUUGGGGGGAGGGGGAUAUGAAGGAUGUCCGAGUGUUUACAUGCGUGUCAGUCACGGAAAUGUACUUGAUUCUUCAUCAGACACGGACAGAAGGGUUUUAAUUCCAACACUUCAUUCAAGUUUGUGUUUAUGAAAAGGAACCACCUAGUUAGAGACAUAAAGGCCAGUGACGCUUCGUGAAACAGCGUCCUUAUUUCUAGAGCUCAGUAGGUGGCGCUGUUGGCUUAAAAAUGACAUGUUUCAUUGAAAUGCUUGUUCAAAUCCAAAGAGUUUAGGGCAGAGAGCACCAUCUAGUGGGCUGUGAAAAUUAUGACACUGUUUCAUGAAGCUUCAUCUGCGCAUCACUAGUAAACAGCAGGUGCCUUUCCAACUGCAGGGCGAAGCGCAUGGUCAUAUUUAUUCAUACAUAUCCAGGAGCCAAGGGAUUGUACAUGAUGAUGUAAGAACUGUUAGUUUUAGGGAUAUUUGAAUUAUUCAGGGUCACAUUUCUGGUUAUUUUCAGACCUUUCUACCCUCAAGUUUCCCCUCUACGACGACAAUAAGGGGAACAAUCCAAGCUGAAGUCAAACUUGAUGGAGAGGUCGCAACAAGGUCGUGAUAGUAGUGAUGUGUGCUCUUCAACGGAUGCUGAAAACAGUCCAAAGCUUUUGUUUGUUUUAUUGUGCGGUGUGAAUGACAGGCUGUUGGGAACCAUGUGUGGCACCUUUGAGUUGUAGACUGGUUAUUUUGUAUUCUUGACAAGGACAACUAGAGUUUUAAUCUUGAAAAAUAAAUGCACUAUAAUGCAAA